AUGCGUGAGGAAAUCAGCGAAUAUGCGGAGAAAAGCACGGCCUUUCCCGCAUCGUUUGUUCGAUGCAGUUUGAGCUCUUUGUGGCUGGAGCCUCCCACACCCCGCCCCCCAGCCAACCCCCAUUUGCUGGAACCUUUAAUGCCAAAAGUCCGAAAAGCAACACACCCUCCAUUCACGGAGCACCCAGCUAGGAGCGGAACUGGCUAUGGGACGACCAAGAAGAGGAGGAACAACGGGCGUGCCAAGAAGGGCCGCGGCCACGUGCAGCCCAUCCGUUGCACCAACCGCUCCCGCUGCGUGCCGAAGGACAAGGCCAUCAAGAAAUUUGUAAUCCGCAACGUCGUGGAAGCUGCGGCCGUCAGGGACAUCUCCGAGGUCAGCGUCUUCGACUCCUAUGUGCUGCCCAAACUGUAUGUGAAACUACAUUACUGUGUGAGCUGCGCGAUCCACAGCAAGGUAGUGAGGGAUCGCUCCCGUGAGGCUCGGAAGGAUCGGACACCCCCGCCCCGAUUCAGACCUGCGGGGGCUGCCCCCAGACCCCCUCCAAAGCCCAUGUAA